AUCUGGUUUCCUAGCCUAACAUAUGCAGCAUUUUACCAGCGACAGAGGACGAAAACUGGAACAUAAAAUUUUUAAAAUAGUCUAAAAAUGUCGAGUACGGAGAUAGCAAUUCCUAGAAGAUUGCCGAUUUUAUCGGUUAAUAAAGUACUUCUUCCAGGAACAAAUAUGCGUCUUCCUGUUCAAUCAACAAAAAAUUUAAACUUGGUGCAGAGCAAAAUUCUUGGUAGGAAUACAUUGGCAAGCACAAUUGUUGGAGUAGUACCUUCAGAGUACACUGAUAAUACCACCCAAACAUCAGAUGACCUUCUUUUACAUCCUAUCGGAGUUGCCGCAGUUGUUGUUCAGGUGACUGGUACAAACUGGCCACGAACUUCCUAUACUCUAUUAGUUCAAGGAUUAUGUAGAUUCAAGAUCGACUCCAUUAUUCAAGAAACACCCUAUGUUGUCGCAGCAGUUACUCAACUAGAUCAUUUGCCCGAAGAUCACGAAGUUCUCGAAGAAAACGUUACAAAUCUUAUAGAAGAAUUAAGAAACAAGGCUAACACAUUAGUUGAUAUGCUCAAUUUAUCCCCAAACGUUCUACAAAAAAUGAAGAAAAUUUUAUCGGAAGUUCCAAACAACCAGUUACCAGAUAUAACAGCUAGUUUAAGCUUAGUUCAAGCAUCUCACAAUGAAAAAUUAAGCAUAUUAGACGCCAUUGAUUUAAACAAAAGAAUCAGUCGUUUACUUCCUCUUGUCCAAAAACAAAUCGAAGCAUUAGAAUCAAUAAAACGACCACCAAAAGACAAAGAUUCUAUAAUUGCUAUUCGAGGAGGGCGACGUAUUGAUACUAGAUUACCAGGUCGAUCAAAUGAUGAAGAUGAUACGGAAGACUUAGAUGAGAAAUUAUCAAAUGCAGGAUUACCUGAAGCAGCAAAGAAAAUUGCUGAUAGGGAAUUAAAGAGAUUGAAGAAGAUGCCUCCAGCAAUGCCAGAACACGCAAUGUUAAGGAUGGAUUUAGAUGAAGAUCACUAUGGCUUAGACGACUUAAAGAAGCGUGUUGUUGAAUAUUUGGCUGUCAGACGUUUAAAAAAUUCAUUAAGGGGUCCAAUUUUGUGCUUUAUUGGACCACCCGGUGUUGGCAAGACUAGUGUUGGUCAAAGCAUAGCAAAAACUCUUGGAAGGAAAUUUCAUAGAAUUGCUCUGGGAGGUUGUAGCGAUCAAUCUGAUAUUCGUGGUCAUCGAAGAACUUAUAUCGGUUCUAUGCCUGGCCGAAUUAUUCAAGGGAUUAAACAAGCAGGGACCAAAAAUCCAGUGAUACUUUUGGAUGAAAUUGACAAAUUGGGUCGAGGCAUUCAUGGUGAUCCGGCUGCAGCGCUUCUUGAAGUUUUAGAUCCGGCUCAAAAUUUUUCUUUUACUGAUCAUUAUGUUAAUACCCCUUUUGACCUUUCUCAAGUGCUCUUUGUAGCAACAGCAAAUCAACAGAGUACUAUUCCAGGGCCGCUUCUUGAUAGAAUGGAAGUAAUCACAGUACCAGGGUAUACAAGAGAUGAUAAACUGCAUAUCUCCAAGAGACAUCUCAUAAAGAAACAGUUACAGGAACAUGGAUUAACCGAUAAAAAUCUUACAUUUACAGAUGAAGCCUUAAUGGAAAUAAUCAACAAGUACACCCUUGAAGCCGGCGUUAGGAACCUGGACAGGCAAAUUGCAGCUGUUUGUCGCUCUAUUGCGGUUAAAGUUGCAGAAAGUAAAAAUCCUGAGGCAUCUAAUUUCACACUUGAUGUGACAGAAAUCAAUCAAAUAUUGGGGCCGGAGAAUUUUGAAUACGAGAAGUGGGAAAGCGUUACCCAACCUGGGGUUGCAAUUGGAUUGGCUUGGACAUCAGUUGGUGGAAAAAUAAUGUAUGUUGAGGCAUCUCGUAUCACUGGUACAGGAAAGCUAACUUUAACUGGGCAACUAGGAGAUGUAAUGAAGGAAAGUGCUACUCUAGCCCUAAACUGGCUAAAGUCACAUGCUCCACUCUUGGAUAUUGUCACAGAAACAGUUGAAAAGAGUGACGUUCAUAUUCACUUUCCGGCAGGAGCUGUUCCGAAAGAUGGACCAUCUGCAGGAGUUACAAUAGUAACAGUGCUCGUAUCGCUCUUUACAGAUAAAGUAGUUCGUUCCAGAACAGCCAUGACCGGAGAAUUAACUCUUCGAGGUUACGUUCUUCCCGUCGGCGGAAUCAAAGAAAAAGUCAUUGCUGCCCACCAAGCUGGAAUUCGCCGAGUCAUCUUACCAGAAAAGAAUGAAAAGAAUUUGGUAAAAGUACCACAAAGUGUAAAGGAUGAUAUCGAGUUUGUUUUCGUUAAAAAUGUCCGAGAGGUAAUCCUAUACGCUUUUGACCAAACUUUUCCUAAGUUGCAGAAAAGUGAAACACUAAGCGAUUCAAUUCUCAGUAAACUUUGA